CAAGGCCGACCAUGUCGACGUGAGAAUUUCCAAAUCGCCAUCAUUUGCGCGUUACCUCUCGAGUACGAUGCUGUUUCUUUGCUUUUCGAUCAAUUAUGGGAUGAUGACGAGUCGUAUGGCCGUGCUCGUGGGGAUAUGAACUCCUACACAACAGGCCGUAUGGGCAAAUUCGACGUUGUGCUGGCGCUUCUUCCCAACAUGGGCACGGCUGCGGCUGCAGGGGCAGCAGCUAGCUUGCGAUCCAGUUACUGCGGCCUACAGCUUGCAUUCCUCGUCGGUAUCUGUGGCGGCGUACCGGGCGAGGGCGCGAUGCAAGUUCGUCUGGGCGAUGUCGUUAUCAGCAGAUCCGCCGUUCAGUAUGACCUUGGCAAACAGUACCCCGAAACGUUCAUGUCAAAGAGCACCACUGCUGAUAGGCUCGGAAGACCAAACAAGAAUAUAAGAAGCUUAGUUGCACUUUGCGAGAGCGAAUUUGGAAGGGAACGGUUACAGCUGAAAGCAUGCGCACAUCUCAAAGUGUUGCAGGCAGAGGCUAUACGGAAGCGGCGUCAGUCUAACUAUCAGUUUCCUGGGAGAGACAAUGACAAACUUUUCCCGCCAACUUACAGGCAUAAGCACAGAGGCGCACAAGCGUGCCUCUUGUGUAAUGAACAGGCCGAUGGCUUCUGCGAAGAGGCUGCCUGGACGUCAUGUGUCAAACUUGGCUGCGAUGAGCAUCAACUGGUGGGGAGACCGUCAACAAUGACAAGUGAUUCACAACACAUAGAAGAACUGCGGCCGCGAAUACUUGUCGGGCAAAUGGCCUCUGGAAGCACGGUGAUGAAAUCUGGCGAGCAUCGGGACCAGCUUGCUCAACAACACAACGUGGUUGCAUUUGAAAUGGAAGGGGCAGGCAUCUGGGAUGAAGUUCCCUGCAUCAUCGUAAAAGGCGUUUGUGAUUACGCUGACAGCCACAAAAACGAUUUGUGGCAGCCGUACGCUGCGGCCGCCGCUGCCUCGGUCACGAAGGCUGUACUUGGACGAUACGAUAUGACGGAUGGAUGA